UACUCACCUCUCUUGAGGCUGAGCUUGGCAUGAAACUCUCCCUCCUGAUGUCAUGGAGGGAGCAGCCAUAAGUACCACAGGCUUUGGAGCCACAGGCAGCCUGUGCCACUCUGGGAGGAGCAGUGACUGUGUUUGGGAAGGGGGAGGUCCAGCUGAGUGUUGGAAAGCCUUGCUGUGCCGCAAAGCCUGCCUUUGAACCACAGACCCUCAGAAUGUCCUUCCCCGAACCUGUGCAGCUCUUCUAAAUCAAACUCUUUGUUCCAGCAAGAUAAAAGUCAGUGUAGAAACAAGCUGGGAUAGAGUGGACAUGUUAGGAGAGCCGAGCCCUGUUAGGUAGCAUGCCCUUUGAUUAACCAGGAGCCUCAUUUUUCUUUUUUCUCCCUUUUGGCUUCCCAGUUAGUGAACACCACUUUUCUGGGGACACUUUUCAUCUCUUGAUUAUGCAUUUUCAUACUCCUUUAAAUUGUUUCCUUCCUUAUUAACUGGGGUUCUUUCGUAGGGGGUGGGUGAAGGAGUCCCUGAGAUGCCAGGGAUGGUACUCAGGGAAGAUGUGUGUUAAGCUUACAGUCUGCCACUGGGUGGCACCCUAGUCCUUAGUUUUAAAGUCCUUGGUGUUUUAGAGGAUUGGGUCAGAACCCUUUCAUUAUAACGAAAUCUUAACUAAUUUAAAGAUGUUUAUGUUUAGCAUAUAAUCUACAUCUUCCAGUAUGCUCUGAAACACCUGUAGAUUGUUUGAAAUGCCUCAGUUCAUGGAAUUGUCAUGUGAGAAAAUGAUGACGAUUAUGUCCAGCACUGCUGUGAUUCCCCAGAGUAUCCUAGGCGGGUUCAGCCUGGCACUGCAGAAUCUUUGGGUACUGAGAACCAGCAGUUUGUGUUUUAUGUACUGGGUUAUAAGGGUUUUUUGUUUUAACGCAAACCUUGAUAGAAACUGUUUCCAACAUAGCUUCAGUUCUGGUCACUGUUCUUCUGUAGAAAAAUUUCAAGUUGUAGCUAGCAGUGGCCUUGUAUUGGUAAUUUUUUGGUUGUGAGUUAAGGAAGGGAUCAUCCUGUAACCUCAUGAGUUGAGCUGUCAGAUGGGACUGCUUGCUUUCUGAGGGAUUAGUAAGGUAGACCUUUCCAGACUGCCUCUCAAGUAAGCGACAACUUGUGAUAGGAGGCUAGAACUCAGCUGGUGUUUGCAGGGGCUGUUACCCUGACUUUGGUGGGGAUGAUGGGCUUGGCAGUGAUGCUGGGUCCCCCUUCCAUUGGGUUCCUUGCUGUGAUGAUGCUGUAUUUGAUUCCAGGAAUAGGAGCAUGGCCUCCAUCACACUCACCUUCGUGGAAGGAGUGGCAAGACCACAGUGCCAAAGAGUAUGUAUUCACUUAGGGAAGAACCAGCAUAAAGUGAGUGAAUUUGUCUGUCUCCAUCAAGGACUGUUUUCCUGUUGAGAGGAGGAGUUGUGCUUUAAAUUUCAGGGCCAGCCAUGAUACUUACAUUUUUCACUUUUCAAAACUGAUACAUGUGUGGAGGUCCAAUGCUCAGGUCCUCAGGACUUGACAACAAGCACCCCCUUCCCCCCAGAAUUUUUAGUGCAGGCAUUUUAUCUAUGUAUGUACAGCACACACAUAACACAGUAUCCUAUUUAAAUGGGCAUAGUAGUGAUAAGAUUGAUGACUACUAUUCAAUAUAAAAAGCCCAUGUGUGAGUCUAAUGAGGCAAGUGAUGCUCUGAGAUGAACAUUCUUGUGGGGUUUGUGAAGUAGACCUUCACCAACAGAGCAGCUAGCAUGCAGUGCAAACAUCUCUCACAGAAAGAAGCUGGCCAUCUAAUUGAGUUUGGUAGGACCCCAGUGAAAGCCUAACUGACAGUGUCUUUAGUGGUGCUUGACCAGCUAAUUCUUGGUAUCCUACUUUGCUUCUCUGUUGCUAUUGAUAAAAACCAAAACCAACUUGAGGAAAGAGGUUUAUUCAUCUUAAAAGUUGCAGGGAAAGUCAGGGAAGGACCUGGAGUGGGAACUGAAGCAGAGGACGUAAAGAAAUGCUGUGCUGGCUUGUCUGCCGUGGCUUACUCAGCUACCAGGACCACGAGUUCAGGGUUGGCACUGCCCACGGCAAGCUCAUCAAUCUUUAGUUGAGAAAAUGGCCCAUAGAUCGACUUCCCUGUCAGUCUGAUAGAGGCAUUUCUCAGUCACCUUCUAUCUUCCCAAAUGACCCAGGCUUGUGUAUCAAGUUGACAAAACUUUAGCAUGACCUACAAGCCACUUUACAAGUGAUAGGCUUGAAUAUAUAGGUAAGGCACAGCAUCUCAAGUAGGGGAAAGCCACUAUUUUUUUUUUUUUUUUUUUGGUUCUUUUUUUCGGAGCUGGGGACUGAACCCAGGGCCUUGCGCUUCCUAGGUAAGCGCUCUACCACUGAGCUAAAUCCCCAGCCCCGGGAAAGCCACUAUUUUGAUGGCUUUAAGUUGACUCAGGGAAAUGUAACCAUCUCUAAAGCAGUGUGGCAUGGCUUCUAGAAGGUUUCGUUUUUAUAACUGUCUUCUGAUAACCAUUUCUUUCUGUCUUAUCUCUGGGACUGCAGUGCUUACCCGGGAUCACGGAUCAUCAGAGAGCACUAAGGCAGACAGAUGUGUAAUGCUCACUGUCAGAUAUUUGAUUCCCUAGGAUUGGUGAUCAUAUACAACUUCUGCUAAUGCUAGUUACCCAGAGAGGCUGAAGUCCUCUGUGUGGGGAUUUCAGCUCUAAGUGUACCAGUGAAACUAGAGUUUCCCCUGUGAGACAAAUAGCAUGUUGACUCUGAGGGCAUAGGGUGACUCCUUCCCCACAGCUGCCUACAAGAUGUCCUUGCUGCAGGGCUGGCAUUCUGGAGAUGGACUUCAUAAGAUGGUUUGGGCACGUGGUUAGCUGCUGUUGACCUUAGAAAACAGCCAAGACUCUUUAAGGAUUAUUUAUUCUUAGCCCCAAAAGAAGACAUUAGUGCCCCUCUCCACUGUCUUUGUUACUAUUAGAAAUAAAUGGUCCUUAAAAUGAUCAGUGGGUCAACAGUGGGUUUAGUUGCAUGUAACAGGAAAGGCCAGGCAACAAUUUCUAAUGGCUUAUUUCUCAAGUAGAAUUGGAGCUCAUCAGUCUAAGGCUCGUGGUGACUCCAGGACCUGGAUUCUUUCUACUUUAUCAACAUGACCAUGGCUUUCAUCCUUAAGAUCAUUCCAAGGUGACUGUUAGAGUCCCCAUCUACAUUCCUGUAUAUGAGACAGGAUGAACGUGUGGACAAGGCAAAAGCUCAGGCAAAAGUUUCAAGGACCUUCCUUGCUUGAGAGUCUCACUCUGCAUUUCCCACCUUACCAAGUACACAUGUAUGCCAUAUGGCUAGUUCUAAGAGAUGGAAUAAAAUUUGGAAUUUUCUCUGAGUAUUUGCAGUCCUAAGUGCCAUUGGGAUUCUGGCACUAAAAGAUGGGAAGAGUGGGUGUUAAUAAUUGACGGCUCCCAUGGUUGUCUCUUCUCUGGAAGCAAGAUAGCUGUGUGAAGUGGUUGAGUUUGUGCAAAUAGAUCUUGAGAGGCCAGCAUAGUGCUUCAACAGGUUGACCAGUGGAGCAAGGAUCUUCCAGUGAGAAGAUUCAAAAUCUGAGUUUCUGCCUUCUGUUCUUACACUGGGGUGGUGGUGAACCAGGUGGUUUCUACGAGACUCUGAGUACCCGGUUCUGUACACAGCUGAGUUUGUUUGGAUACCCUGUUAGGAUCCUGUGAUUUGGAUGUUGGUCCGGUUGACUGCUGGGAUGGUAGCACUGGCAACUUUGUGUAUUUGUUUCCACCUCUGUUGUGGCAUCAGAAUAUCAGAGAGCUACAACGUUAAGAGUACCUUAAAGUCUAGUUAACUAAACAGUAGAAUCCCUAGCCUCUGUAUAGGGAAACAUGUUAACAAGUGACAGUACAUAGGAAGUAGGUAAGGUUCUUAUCUCAAGAAGGAGGUAACCACUAUCUUAGAUGUCUUUCAGUUGGAUCAGGGAAGUCUUCUCUCCAAGGCAGUAUACCAUGGCUUCCAGAAGGCUCCGUGUUAGCACUUAGCUUCAUUAUUAACUGUUCUUCCUGUCUUGUCUCUGAAACUGUUCUCACCGUCAGAUUGUUUGGGGGUAGGCUGUACAUUGUCCUGUUGUUGGUCUCUGUUUUAGUUCCCAUCUACAGCAGAAGCAGCUUGAUGAGAGUUGAAGGAGGACUGAUUGAUGGAUAUGACAUUAUGCCACGUGCAGUCAUUUUGUUGCUAUGUAGUAGUAUUACAUUACAUUAGCAGAGUGAUAGGUUUUCCCAUCUGCUCAUGCCCUAGAGUCUCAGGUCCUUGGCCACUUUGAGCAGUGUCAUGGAGAGGGUCUUAGAAGUGGCCUCAGCAUCUGUGUGUGCUUCUUGCACUUUUUCUUUGUCUCCUUUUAUUUUUAUGUUCGUUCUUGUUUCUCAUUUUUUAAAAUUAUUUUUUAUUUAUAUGGCUGUUCAUGUUAUAAUGGGGGGAAUCUGAGAGGAAUUGGGUGAGGAGAAACUAUAAUCAGACUAUAUUGUAUUUUUUAAAUCUAUAAGUAGAUGAAUAUAAGUGGUUUGUUUUUCCAGUAACAUUUGUGCCUCGACCACAGCAGUAUGUCUUGCAGGCACGUCAGUGCUGUGAGUCAUAGGUCUUGUAGCAGAGCAGUAUGGGUAAGUACCUUUGUCCUCAGGUAGCGUGUACAGCAGAGAUGGAGCGCCUAGUUGGUCACCAGCUCAACUUCUCCAUGUCCAAUGACACAAGUACUGUCUUUGCAGUAGGGCCUUACCAUUGGGUUGUGGAGAGUAUCCAACAGCCUUGGCAAUUGCCUGUGCUGUUUGGUGGGAAAGGGGGUGGUCAUGGAACCCUUGGCCAACAACUCAAUAAGACGCAACCCAUUCGUGGUGGAGGAAGUUUUGCUCUGGCAUAAAAUGUCCAGUUGGGGUGUUGCCUUCCCUGUUAUACAGUGUGUCUGUUUAGACUCCUUCCACAUGUGUAUAUACAUUUUAGGAAGCUUCUACACCAGUAGACUUCCAUAUGUUUUUUCAAGGGGCCUUUUGUGUUACUCGUUCCUCCCCAUCAUCCCUCAUUACCCUGUCCUCCUCUCGCCUUCCUAUCUAAUCUUCAUAACCUAGCUUCCCCUUUGUGUCUCUGUAACACUACUUUCUAUUUCCUCUUCCUUGGCAAAGCCGUUCCCGACUCCUGGUAACUUACUAGGACCUAAACCCCUAUGGUUGUUCACAUUGUAGCACAUGUACAGAAAUCUUAGAAGUUCAUAUCCACAUAUAAGAGAAAACAUACAAUGUUUGUCUUUUGGGGUCUGGGCUACCUUGCCCAGGAUGAUUGGUUUUUUUUCUAGCUUCACCUAUUUACCUGCACAUUUUUAUUUAUUUAUUUAUUUAUUUUUUGGUUCUUUUUUUUCGGAGCUGGGGACCGAACCCAGGGCCUUGCGCUUCCUAGGUAAGCGCUCUACCACUGAGCUAAAUCCCCAGCCCCUUUAUUUAUUUUUAACAGCUGAAUAAUAUUCCAUUGCAUAAACGACGUAAUGGUUUGUUUGUUUUUUUUAAUCCUUCACCAGUUUGAUGGACAUCUAGGCUGUUUCCAGUUUCUGGCUAUUGUUAAUGGAGCAGCACUUAACGUGGACGCAUACUUGGUAUUUAUGUCCCUUGUCAUUAAACACUUCUGUUUCCUUGAAACAGUGGGGUACAUGCCCAUACUGCAGUUAUAAAAAUUAGGAGAUUAAUGGUAUGGAACAAAUUCAAUAUCCAGGCUGUGCUAAGGUAUCAACAGUCAUCCCACCAAGAGCCUCAAAGCCUGCAUAAGAGCACACAGUGCAGUGGUCAUAUCUCGUCUCUGGAGUCUCCUUCAAUCUGAAGUCCUUGGUUUUUCAGCCUAUCUGCUUUUCAUACCUUGGCAUGUUUCAGAGAACAGAACAAUGCUUUUGAGAACAUGCCUAUUUGGCUUUAACUGGGGUUUCCUUAUGAUUUGACUGCAGUUAUGCCAUUUUUAAAGGGUGCUGAAGAAGUGACCCCCCAGUAAGUGACACAUGGUGUUGGUUUAAGCCAUUACCUCAGUAGCUUGCUCAAGGUGGUGUGUGCUGAGUCUCCUCCUCACUGAGGUACUUGUCAUCUUUUUGGUAGCCAAUAAUGGCCUAGUUACUCAUCAAACUUGUCUACUAGUUUUAGUAUCAUUGCACCUUCUGCUUGAACAAUAAUUACUUUGUCUACAUUCCUCUAACACUUAGAGUUAAGAGUUAACACUGCCCUGGGUUCGGUCCCCAGCUCUGAAAAAAAAAGAACCAAAAAAAAAAAAAAAAAAAGAGUUAACACUGUCUCGUGACUUUUGAUACAUUGCACACAUCCUAGACAGGCUUCAAUCUGGUCCUAAUUUUUAUUCAGGAAUUUUCCAUUCAUCUUCCUUGUAUGGCUUGUUCUUGAACAGCAUGGGUCUGAACUACAUGGGCCCCCUCUGAACAUGUAUGGGCUUGGGGGACAGAUUUCUGAGGAUUUGAAAACAAAAACUUACAAACCAUAUAACCUAGAAAUAUCAGAAAAGGAGAUCACAAAUCUAAAAUAGUCUUUUUUAAUUUUUCUACAAAUUAUGCCCAGCCUAUUAUAAAAAUGUAUCAAGCCUUACAGACUUGGUAUUUCCAAGAAAACAUGGUAUAAUCAAGAAAAAUGUGAAUGAAUGUAAAGAUGCAAUAUUAAAUCAUAAUCACAGGAAACCAACAUUAGUACCUUCUGUGGUGCCAAUUUUGUAGCCACUUCACAUGGCUUGUGACACGCUUCACAUGGCUUGUGCUGGGAGCAUCCAUUAAAGGCACAGUAUAACACUAAUCAUCCCCAUAGGGGCAGUUUGCUCUCUGGUUGCAUCUCGGUUGCAGAUGCCAGUGAAAUAAUCUCUCACCGUCCUCUUGUAUUUUCUACUGGCUAUAACACACCAGACUGUUACCAGUUUUCCUUCAGAUUAACAACAGACCAUUAGUAGUAAUGUUUGGGGGAAACCAAAGGUUCAGUACCUCUAACUUCAGUAUUGUGAAGAGGCAAUUCCAUUUUCUCAGUUGCUUAACCCUAUGAUACACCAAAGCAGUCUUGUAAUUGCUAAUCCAUGUCAGUGUGAGAGACAACCGCAGCUACAGCUCAAUAGACUUGUGCUGCCCAGCAAUGCUUUGGUCAUCAAGGAUUGUGGUCCCAUCAGGUCACACAGCCUCGUGAUUUGGUAGCCAUCUUCUAUUGCAUACUCUCACGUGUUUUGUACAAUGGUGAAGUUACCUAAUGAGUAUUUCUAGUGGCAUGUUUUUGUUAAGUGAUGUGUUGCUGUACUUACAGAAAUAUCUCUGAAGUGAGUAGCAGUGACAGGAGAGGGGAUUGCAGAAAGUAAGAAAAUGGAUAAGUGAAUCUAGCCAGAUGAGAUAUGGAGCCUAUCUCAGAAAAGAUCAGUUACGUCCCUGGUUAGCAGAGGGUCCCUUUCUGUAGGCCAGUGAUAUGUGGCAGCUCUGUCGUGAAGGCAGGAUGAGGAGAUGGGAGGGUAUUAGCAUCCACUGUGGUGGGUGGGUGUGGGCCUGGAUUCACAGCUAAAACAUUGCAGCUGCUGGAGUACGCAUAGGAGGUGGUUUUCUAGUCCCAGUGGCCGCUCAGCCUCCACCUAAACCUGGUCAGCUGCAUCAUCUUGGAUGUGAUCAUCUGGAACUCAGAAACAGCAAUGGGUACCAAGAGCCCAAACAUCUAUUGUCCCUUUGUUGGGAUGUUACCACGGGAGAAGACAAGUCAGCAUCUCAUGAUACUCAGUUAACCAAAACAUUAUUGAUCCAGGAUUCUGAUAUAGGGGCCUGGACAUCUGAAGCGAUCAUUAACAUUAAACUUGUCCAGAUACGGCCUUCUCAGCAGAGCAGGACUAUCAGGCACAGCAGUGGGUGUGCACUGCUAUAAGACUGUAGCCUGGUGAUGUCCUCUGGAUGAUUCUCAGUGCAGAAGCAAGUGGACUUCAAAGAGUAACAGCAGCAGUCCUACUCUGGCAUGGAGUCCAACUUAGUCACAGUGAAGGAGAGGAAGACACGACCCACUUGGCCUCCCCCAAAAGAAACCAAAAUUCAGAAGAAAACAGAAGACCAAAUUCAUCUUGGUGAACAAGCUACCUGGGUUCUUGCUCCUUACCAAAUGGAGCAAGAUCAGAAUGGGCUCCCACAGAGCUUCAUAUUCCUUCUGCAAGUCAGUUCCAAAGACUGAAGAGACACAAAUUUCUCCGGGCAGUAGCCCCACGUUUCAGAACCAAUUUACUGCUGGUGUGAUGAAAUACUGUGGCAAAAUUAAGGGGGCAAGAGUUUAUUUUGCUCACAGUUCAAGCUCACUGUGGCCAAGAAGUCAGCAUAAUCUUGAAGCAGAUCAUGCGUCACAUUGUCACGGUGCCUACAUAGUCACUGUCUUAGGGUUUUAUCGCUGGGAAGAGACACCAUGACCAAGGCGAUUCUCAUACAAGGACAACAUAGCACUUUCAGAGGUUUAGUCUGUUGUCGCCAUGAUGGGAAGCAUGGAGACAUCCAGGCAGGCAUGGUGCUGGAGGAGCCUAGAGUACUACAUCAUGAUCCAAAGGCAGAUAGGAGACUGUAAUUUUACACCAGGACAGAGCUUGAGCUUAGGAGACCUCAAAGCCCAUCCCCACAGUGACAUACAUCCUCCAACAAGGCCACACCUCCUAAUAGUGUCACUCCUUAUGGACCAAGCAGUCAGACACUUGAAUCUAAGGGGGCUAAACCUAUUCAAACCACCACAGGCAGGAAGCAGGGGAGAUGGAUGAAAACACACCUUUCCCUUUCUUUUUAUUGGCAGGGUGGAUCUUCACCAACAAUUAACCUAAUCUGGACCCCUCCUAGGUAUGCCCUCCGGCUUAUCCAAGAGAUUCUUCUGAAGCCUCUCAUUUGGGUUUGUUUUUUGGCUAAGCACCCAAUACAUGUAGCCGGCUCUAGUCUUAGUCACACCCUGCCUCCUUAGUCUGCCAUCUGAAAACUCUCACCCCUUCUCUCCAGGCUUGUAGUACUAUAAGUCAGCAAAAUCUUCCUGAGAGUACUUGCCCAUUUGUUGCUGGUGUACAUUAGCAGAGUAGUUUGUCCUUGAUCCUUCCUAGCUGGUGGCAUCUGUCUCAUGUGGACAGGAAGAGAGAGUUAACCAGGGUGGAUCUUGAGAACAGGCAUCCUCUUGAGAGGGGGCGUAGCAGAUGAAACUGUCGAAAAGAAAAAUAGGCCAGGGAGGUCUGCACAUUUGGUGGGACACUCUAAGAUUUGUCUGUUCUGCCCAGGGAUCCCCACUCAGAUUGAAGGUCUCCAUUGUUUAAAGGUCACAUAUGAGAACCUGACCCUACUGUGAUCCAGCUUAUCAUUGCAUUGUGCAAUUAAAUCUGGGGCCUGAUUUGCAGCCAAGGAAGCUAUAAGAAAUACGUGUUGUGUGUAUCAAAUCUCAAGUUCUCUGGUGUGCUUAGACUCUUAAGUCCUGAGCUGACCACUUUUGGUGAGCAUUGAAGGACAUAAGAGUAGCCAGUGUAUGGCCUUGUCUUGAUCAGACACUGUAAACAUGUGAUUGUACUAGCUCCUGUCUCUAAUCCCAGCACUUGGAUGAGACAGGAGGAUUGCCACGAGUUUGAGGCCAGUCUGAGCUAUGUAGUGUAAUCCCCCCCCCCCGCCUGUCUCUCACACACUCCAUAAACCUUAUAUUUGAUAGCAUUUCGUAAUAAACUAUAAGUUGGGGUUGGGGAUUUAGCUCAAUGGUAGAGCGCUUGCCUAGCAAGCGCAAGGCCCUGGGUUUGGUCCUCAGCUCCGGGAAAAAAACAAACUAUAAGUCUACAUGUGGUAUAGCGUGUUAUGUAACAAGUAUCUCACUUCACUGGCAAUGAGGUCUUCAUAGCACUUGAGGUCAAAAGGGCAAGCAAAUCAAGCCAGAAAUAGACCUCUGGGGGCCUUUUUCUGGGGACCUUCCCAGAUAUAUCUGUCUUGGUCAGGAAACUGACUAGGAAACAGACUACUCUGGGCAUC